GAUGUCUGCGAUGCAAUGUCGAUCCAAACAGAAGGAAUGGAGGGGGCUCCCUUUGAUCUUUAAAUACCCUCUAACAUUAAAACCACAAUCCGUUGCUUUGAUUUUUUUUCUUACCACGUCGCCAGCUGCAGGAAAAAUUCAGACGGUCCCUAACGUCCCCGUAUCGCUGUGUGCGUGCACACCAGAGAAAGCGAGACACCUAUCCUUUUUUCCGCUUCACCAUCUGUCCUUUUCUUCCAUUUCAUGUGUACAACAGAUAUUCACCCUUCACAGUUACAGCCUCCUUAUCCACACCCGCCCCUCGCUACCUCUCUCCUGGCCUCUCCACUGUGUGCACGGAUUGUACGAUGCAGACGCUCCCUUGGCCCGAGCUGCUUCCCCCUCCCCCACCAGCCGAGCUCCUGUUUCACUCAAAGAUGGCGUCAGCUUUGGAGCCUCUGGUCUCUGGCUGCAUUUUUGGUCUUGUUGUUGUCUCUGUUUCGAAUGAUUUUUGGCACAUCCUCCCCGGCAACUCGACUCGAAAUUCCGGGUACGCGUGCUGCUGAAACGCAGUCGGCAUGAAGGUGGUCAGCCCACGCUGCUCCCUGGGGUGAGAUAUCUGUUCCACAGCAGCCAAGAGAGGAGAGAAAAAAGAAGGGAGAGAGAGAGAGAGAGAGACAGGUGGAUGAGGAGGCAGAGGAGGAGGAGAACCGGAGCAACCCAGCGCAGCGCCGAGAGAACUCGCUUCCGUCAACUUCCUCCACGGGAACCUGCACAAGAACUUUCCAGAAUCGACUUCUUCCACCCGACUGCGGCCCCUCCCUAAACUCCCCCAGCGGAGACGAGGGUUCCGAAACCGCGUUUCGCAGUCAGCACUAAAAUACAUCGGGCCUAAAAAAAAAAUAUAUUUUUUUUUGGUACAGUUUCUCCUGUCGCCAAGAAAGGGGAACUAAAGCCGCAGGUUUGCGGUUUGGCGCCUGAGGCUCCUGUGUGCAGGCGCUUUGCAUUGUGGGAGAGCGCUGGUGCAGCCUGCCCGUAGGCCCGCCAGCGGGGGGUUUUUCGGGGACACGCACGGCGCGCGGCGGCGGUCGGAGAGCAGAGCCCCGUCGCUCUUCGUCUUCUCCCGAGCCCUCCCGCCGGCCAGCUGGGAGAGGGGGCGCGGGCGGGCCGGUCCGGUCGGCGUUUUUUUGGGGGGGGGAGGGCGGGGGGAGCCUGUGCUAUGGUGAGUUGCUUCCUGCCGGGCUGCGAGGGACUCUUAGUGCGUCCCCGGGACAAAGGAUAGUCGCCCGGCGGCGGAGAGAGAGCAGGAGGAGGAGGAGGGGCGGAGGAGGAGGAGGAGGAGGAGGAGCGGGUGGCCCGUGUGCGGGACCCGGGCGCGGGACGCGGGACGCUUCCUGGAUGGGCGUGUCGUCGGGCCGACGCCGCAGCAGCAGCAGCCAACCGUCAGCCAUGGUGAAGCUGGCCAACCCGCUGUACACCAACUGGAUCCUGGAGGCCAUCAAGAAGGUGAAGAAGCAGAAGCAGAGGCCCUCGGAGGAGCGCAUCUGCAAUGCCGUGUCCAUGUCCCACGGGCUGGACCGCAAGACCGUGCUGCAGCAGCUGGAGCUCAGCGUCAAGGACGGCUCCAUCCUCAAGGUCUCCAACAAGGGGCUCAACUCCUACAAGGACCCCGAGAACCCGGGCCGCCUGGCCUUCCCCAAGCCCCGGAGCGGCGGGGGAGGGGGCGGGGGCGGGCCCGGGGGGGGAGGAGGAGGGGGCGGGGGCCACCCGGGCCGGAAGCCGGGCCUGGACUGGAACAAGCUGAUCAAGCGGGCGCUGGAGGGCCUCCACGAGCCGGGCGGCUCCACGCUGAAGAGCAUCGAGCGCUUCCUGAAGUGCCAGGCGGACGUGGCGGCCUACCUGUCGGGCAGCAGCUCCAUGGGGCCCGUGGUGUUCCACCAGCAGCUGCGCGUGGCCGUCAAGCGGGCCAUGGCGCACGGGCGCCUGCUCAAGCAGGGGCCCCUGUACCGCCUCAGCGGCCGGGGGCCGCAGCCCGAGGGGCCCUUCAACAUGUCGCUGGACUCCCUCCCGCCCGUCCGCCUGCUGCCACACGAGAAGGACAAGCCGGUAGCAGAGCCCAUUCCCAUUUGCAGCUUCUGUUUGGGGACGAAGGAGCAGAAUCGCGAUAAGAAGGCGGAGGAACUCAUCUCCUGUGCCGACUGUGGGAACAGCGGCCACCCGUCAUGUCUGAAGUUCUCUCCGGAGCUCACGGUUCGGGUCAAGGCCCUGUGGUGGCAGUGCAUCGAGUGCAAGACCUGCAGCUCCUGCCAGGACCAGGGCAAAAACGCGGAAAACAUGUUGUUCUGUGACUCAUGUGACCGGGGCUUCCACAUGGAGUGCUGUGACCCCCCACUGAUGCGGAUGCCAAAAGGUAUGUGGAUCUGUCAGAUCUGCCGACCGAGGAGAAAGGGAAGAAAGCUCUUACACGAAAAAGCAGCACAAAUCAAACGGCGCUACAACGCACCGCUGGGACGUCCCAAAAACAGGUCAAAGAGGCCGUUCAAGAAGUUCCGGGGUCCGGGGGGGCGUGGCCGGAGGCGGCGCGGCGGCAUGGGCGGGGUCGACCGGCGUUCCCAGGGCUCCUCCUCGCCCCCGUCCUCCUCCAGCUCCUCCUCCUGCGAGGGUUACCCCGGCGACGACCGCCUGCUCUUCUCCCUGCGCGAGGAGGACUCGACCGGCGGGGGGCUGCGCUUCAACAAGAAGACCAAGGGCCUGAUCGACGCCCUCACCAAGUUCUUCACCCCGUCCCCCGACGGGCGCAAGGCCCGCGCCGAGGUGGUGGACUACUCCCAGCAGUACCGCAUCCGCAAGAAGGCCAGCCGCAAGGGGGAGGACGAGGAGCGGACGGGAGACAAUCAGGAGUGUGGGGACGAGUGGCGCGAGGACGAGGACCGGUUGCCGGGGCAGGAGAACCUGACGGAGAAAGACGUGGAGCUCUUCCGACACAUCCAGGAGCUGGCACUACAGAAAGUCGGGGUGACUGGACCCCCGGACCCCCAGAUGCGCUGCCCGUCCGUCAUCGAGUUUGGGAAGUACGAGAUCCAGACGUGGUACUCCUCCCCGUACCCGCAGGAGUACAGCAGGCUGCCGAAGCUCUACCUGUGCGAGUUCUGCCUGCGCUACAUGAAGAGCCGCAGCAUCCUGUUCCAGCACAUGCGCAAGUGCGGCUGGUUCCACCCGCCGGCCAACGAGAUCUACAGGAAGGACAGCGUCUCCGUGUUCGAGGUGGAUGGGAACGUCAGUACGAUCUACUGCCAGAACCUGUGUCUGCUGGCAAAGCUCUUCCUGGACCACAAGACCCUGUACUACGACGUGGAGCCCUUCCUGUUCUACGUGCUGACGCAAAACGACGGCAAGGGCUGCCACCUGGUGGGCUACUUCUCCAAGGAAAAACACUGUCAGCAGAAGUACAAUGUGUCCUGCAUCAUGAUUCUUCCGCAGUACCAGCGCAAGGGUUUCGGUCGCUUCCUCAUCGACUUCAGUUACCUGCUCUCCAAGCGGGAGGGGCAGCCGGGCUCGCCGGAGAAGCCGCUGUCGGACCUGGGCCGGCUGUCCUACAUGGCGUACUGGCGCAGCGUGGUGCUGGAGUGCCUGCAUGAGGUGCGGGACCGGCAGCUCACCAUCCGCCGGCUCAGCAAGAUCACCGGCAUCUGCCCCCAGGACAUCACCGCCACCCUGCACCACCUGGGCAUGCUGGAGCAGCGCGGGGAGAGGCUGGUCCUGGUGCGCAGAGAGAAGCUGGUGUCCAAUCACAUGACCCGGCUGAGGGCCCACCCCCGGCAGCUGGAGGUGGACCCCGACUGCCUGCGCUGGACCCCCGUCAUCGUCACCAACACCGUGGUGUCGGAGGGCGAGGGGGAGGACGAGGAGGAGGAGGAAGAGGAGGGCGAGGGACAGACCUGCAAGGAGAGUAAGCCCAUCCGGACUUCGUCUCCGCUGCCCUGGCACAUGCGGCCCGAGAGGGAGGAAGAGGAGGAGAGGAAGUGCUUCCCGGCGUUCCCGAACAGCCAGAUCUCUCCGACGCGUUCUCCGGCUCGGGGCGCCCAGCUCAGCCCCGACAGGCCCCCUCUCCCGGCCAACGGCGAGCGCCGGGGCCGCGGGCGCCCGCCCAAAAGCUGGCUGUGGGGCCGGCCCAAGGACGGGCCCCGGGGGCGGCCCCGGAAACCGCGCCCGCCCGAGGAAGAGGAGGAGGAGGACGGAGUGGACGGCCCGGACCCCGCGGCGCCCUCCCUCUCCCCGGCGGCCCUCCUGGGUCCGGAGAAGGAGGCCGACUCGGGCGCCGGGCGGCCCAAGGAGGCGGCCCGCCACCCCGCAGCGCCGGCCCCCCGCAGCAGGGGGCGCCCCCCGCGCAAGAAGAGGGGCCCCAAGCGCCGGCUGAGCGAGGGCUCCGGGGAGGCCCCGCCCGCCCUGCCCCCGGCCCCCCGGCUGAGCGAGCCGCUGGCCCCCGUCCGCCGGGGCCGCUUCAGCGAGAGCAGCGAGGAUGAGGAGGACGACGACGAAGAGCUGCGGCCUCGCUCCCCGCCCAUCCUGACCAAGCCCACGCUAGGGCUCAAGUGCAAGAAGCCCCUGCGGAAGCGGCGCAUGCGGCAGCGCAGCCACCCGCACAGCAGCGUGGUGACGGAGACCAUCUCGGAGACCACCGAGGUGCUGGACGAGCCCUUCGUGGACUCGGACACGGAGAGGCCCAUGCCGCGGCUGGAGGAGGAGUCGCCGCUGGGCUGCCCGCUCCGCCGCUACCCCCGCGCCGCGCUCCGGCCCUCCGCCCCCGCGCCCAAGAGGGGCCGGCGGGCCAACCUCUCCGAGUCCGAGGACGAGGACUCCACGCCGGCGCUGAAGCCUGCGUCGGCGCUGCGCGAGCCCGAGCCGGCCGGCGAGUCGGCGGGCGAGACCCCGCCCGCGCCCGUCAAGAAGAAGAAGGGCUGGCCCAAGGGGAAGAGCCGCAAGCCCCUGCACUGGACCAAGCGCCCGGGCAGGAAGCCGGGGGGCGGGGCCGGACAGGUCGCCACGGAGACGGGGGGCGUGGCCGGCAGCCAGGGCACCGCCCCCUCCUCCUGCACGGACACUGCGCCUCCCGCCAAGGUCCGGCUGAAGCCCGGCAGGAAGCCGCGGAGCUACUACCUGCAGCGGGCGCAGGAAGAGGAAGCGCGGCAGCAGCUGGAGAGGAAGCAGCUCCUGCAGCAGCAGCAGCAGCAGCUGGAGGACAGAGCCGCCAAGAGGACGUCCCGGACCGCCGAGCGCAAGCCCGACAAGCGCAAGGACUCGGACGAGGAGGAGGACGAGGAGGAGGAGGAGGAGGACGAGUACGUGAAGAAGCGGCGGGAGGAGAAGCCCAAGCGGAGGGGGAGGCCGCCCAAGAACGCGUCCCUGCCCCCGCCGCCGCCGCCGCCCGUCAGCAAGCCGCCGCCGCCGCCCCCCGUCUCCGAGCCCGAGGAGGAGGACGACGAGGAUGAGGAGGAGGAAGAGGAGGAGGCGUGGGCCGAGGAGAAGAGGAGCCGCCCGACCGCCCCGGCCGGGCUCCCCCGCCCGCCCCCGCCCCGGACGGAGCUGGAAGGCCCCGAGCCGGGAGAGAGGGAGGAGCAGGAGUGCGCGGGCAAGAGGCUGAUCUCCGGGCCUGCCGGUCGCCGCGGCGACGACCACGACGCCGACGACGAGGGCGACGGUCGUCCCGAGGGCAAGGCUGAGAGCGGCGGCGCCGGCAAGAAGAGGAAGAGCCAGGACUCCGAGGAAGACGAGGACGAAGAGGACGACGAUGAAGAGGAGGACGAGGAAGAGCCGGCCUCGCCAGCGCGUUCCCCGCCCGUCAAGGAGGAGCCGCAGGGAGGCGAAGGUUUUUUAGACACGGAGGGCAGCGUGACGAGGGACUACGUCAGCAAGCAGGAGGAGGAGGAGGACGAGGAAGAGGAGGAGGAGGAAGAGGCGGAGGAGGUGGAGGAGCGGCCGGCGCGGGAGGAGGCCAAGACGCGGGUGGACACCCAGGAUGAGCAGCGCCGGCGGCGGGAGCAGGAGGAGUCUGCGGCCGCCGCCGCCGCCGUGGAGACGGUCACCACGGCGAUCUCCGCAGUCACUGCUCCAGAGACGCUGGACCUCCAGCCGCUCCACGGGGAGGCCAAGGGGGUGCUGCUGCUGGAGCCCCACCCUCACCCGCACCCCCACCACUCGCACCCCGAAUUCAAAGAGGAGCUGGGUCACCACCACCCGCACGCCCACCACCACCCCCACCACGCCAGCGAGCUGGACCUGGAGACGGUGCAGGCCGUCCAGUCGCUGACGCAAGGCGAGGCCCAGGACGAGGAGGCCGAGCCCCACGGGGCCUACCAGGACUGCGAGGAGACGCUGGCCGCCUGCCGCACCCUGCAGAGCUACAGCCAGCACGCCGAGGGCGAGGAGGAGGCGCUGGCGCUGGUGGAGGACUGCGGCGGGACGUCCCAGCACAGCAGCCCCCUGCCGGGCAGCAGCGGGGGCCCCUCCGGCCCCCAGCUCCCCGCCCUGCCCGGCCAAUCGGCUCGCUCGGUCAGCAGUCCAGCCGGGCUGGCGCUGGAGUCCGCCGGGCCGGCGGGGGCGGCGGGAGGCCCGGCGGCGGGCCCCGCGGUGGGGGCCGGCGGGAACGGGGCUGGGGGGUACACCCAGAUCACCCCCGAGCACCCCGGCUCCCUGUCGGCGCCCUCGCUGCAGAACAUGGAGACGUCCCCCAUGAUGGACGUGCCGUCGGUGUCGGACCACUCCCAGCAGGUGGUGGACAGCGGCUUCAGCGACCUGGGCAGCAUCGAGAGCACCACCGAGAACUACGACAACCCCAGCAGCUACGACUCCACCAUGGGGGGCGGCGGGGGCGGGGGCGGCGGCAACGGCGGGGGAGGGGGGAACGGAGGGGGCGGCGGGAACAACAUGUCCGCCGCCGCCGUGGCGGUAGCGGCCGCCAACGCGGCGGCGGCCAACGCCGCCUCCUCUUCCUCCUCCUCGUCGUCUUCGUCGGGCGCCUCUUCGUCCUCCGGGUCGGCGGCGGCGGCGGCGCCCUCCUCUUCCUCCUCGCAGGCCAACAGCUGCUCCUUCGUGGCGGCCCCGGGGCUCACGUCUUCCAGCGGCCCCGUGGGGGCCCAGCUGGGCAUGGGCAGCUGCAGCCUGAUCCAGCAGGCCGGGCCGGGCGGCGGCUCGGCGGGCGGGGCCGGCGGGGGAGGCGGGAACGGGGUCCCCCAGCCCCCGCCCCCGCCCCCUCCCCCGUCCUCCAACACCCCCGGCUGCGGCAUCAAGUCGCCCCAGAGCUGCGUGAUCGAGAGGCCCCCCAGCGCCAGCCAGCAGGCCCAAAAGAAGGUCCCGCCGCCCCCCCAGCAGCAGCAGCAGCAGGCCCCCAACCCGCAGCCCCCGCCCUCGGCCCCCCCGCCUCCUCCCCAGCAGCAGCAGCAGCAGCAGCAGCAGCAGCAGGCGCUGUCCCAGUGCAGCAUGGGAAACGGCUUUGCCUCCACGCCCAUGAUCAUGGAGAUCCCCGAGUCGGCGGGCGGGGGCGGGGCCGGCGGCGGUGGGCGGAGCCUGUACGAGCGCAUGGGCCAGGACUUCGGGGCGGGCGGCUACCCCCAGCCCUCGGCCACCUUCAGCCUGGCCAAGCUCCAGCAGCUCACCAACACCAUCAUGGACCCGCACGCCAUGCCCUACUCCCACUCGGCCUCCGUCACCUCCUACGCCACCAGCGUGUCCCUCUCCAACCCCACCCUGGCGCAGCUGGCCCCCUCGCCCCACCCGCCCCUCCCCCCGCAGGCCCAGCCCACCAUGACCCCGCCCCCGAACCUGGGCUCGGGCUCGGUCAACCUGCUCCAGUGCAACAUGCCGCCGGGGGCCAACAUCGGGCUGGCGCCGCCGCCGCACGCCCAGCGGCUCCAGGGCCAGAUGGCCACGGUCAAGGCGCACAUCGCCAUCCGCUCCAAGGCGUCCCAGCUGCCGGCCGGCGCGCCGCACCAGCAGCCCAUGUACAGCCGGAGCUCGGGCGCGGUGGCGGCGGCCAUGCAGGGCGCGCCGCGGACCCUGGCGGUGCAGCGGGGCAUGAUGACCAACCUCAUGCCCACGCCCGCCGCCUACAACUCCAUGAACAUGAACCCGCUCAACGCCAUGCCCGCCGGGUACCGCAUGCCGCAGCCCAUGAUGAACAGCGGCUACCACGGCAACCCCCCGUACAUGAACCAGCCCGCCCAGUACCCCAUGCAGAUGCAGAUGGGCAUGAUGGGCGGUCAGGCCUACCCGCAGCAGCCUAUGCAGCCCAAUCACCACGGCAACAUGAUGUACACGGGCCCCUCCCACCACAGCUACAUGAACGCCGGCGUCCCCAAGCAAUCGCCUUACAUGAGCAGAUGAGUGCCGACCGCGGAGCGAGGGAACGAGAGAGAGAGGGAGGGGGAGAGAGAGAGAGACGGGCGGUCCGUCUCUCCGUCCUCCCUGCUGGACUCCGGUUUCCUUUUCACUGUAUUAAAAGUGUUCACCACCCUCUCCAGAGACAGACAGACAGAGACACAGAGAGCGAGCGAGAGAGAGAGAGCGUGCAAAAAGAGAAAGGGACUGUGGUUUCCUCUUUUUUUUCGUUUUUCGUUUGUAAGUGCAUUCGUCUGUUUCGGUUUGCGUUCCCUCGGUAGGUCCCAGGCAGGCUCGGUGGGUGCGAGGCAGCGGGACGGCGGAAUUUUGGGGGCGUGUAGGGGUGGUAUACGGACCUCUCGUUCAGCAGGCAGCUCACAGCAACCCCAGUAACCUUCUGCCCCCCCCCUGCCCGCCCCCCCCUCCCCCACACUCUUUGUCCUAAACCAGGCAGGGGACUGGGGGUAGAACAGGCGAAGGGGGGGCCAUACACCUCCCCUCCUCAGAGCAGGGGCGGGGGGGCGGGGAGGACCUGACCAUUUUAAACUGAGAAAGUCAAAAUGUGGUUAACAAGAAACAAACAAACAAAAUAUAUAUUAAACCAUGCACACAAUCUUUUAAUUGACAUAGGAAGCCUUACCUAAAAAAAAAAAGAAAAACAGAAAAAAAUUGUAGAUGGACUUUCUUGCUUUUUUAUAUUUUUUAAUUUGUUUUUGUUUUUUUUUGACUGUUGAAAUGCUUGUGUGCAGUCCCAAACGACCCGUUUUAUUCGUUUGAUUUUUAUGUGUGUUUUACUGGAAAGGUGGUUUUUUCAGCCCUCUCCAACACAAACAACGAACUUACACACACACACGCCCACACACACUGACAUACAGACACAUAUCUCUAUAGCCACUGAAGUCAAUGUGGAGGCACUUGAUGUGUUUGAUGUGGGUGGAGGUUUUUGGCGGACCGGCGGUGUGGGGUAGCGCACCCCGCUCCUGGGAUCUGCGCUUCCUCGCGCGGGACACCGUGUCAGGGCGCAGUCCCGCAAACGGCACGCCAGAACGUCAGACGUCCCGGAUCGUCGCCUCUUGAGAGAGAGAGAGAACGAGCACUCCCAAAAAUAACCCGACAGGUUUAAGCUGAGUUAUGGUUACUGUUGUGAAUUUUAUUUUUAUUUUUUUACUUUUUUAUUUUUUAUUAUUUUCAACUUUGAUAUUCUGGUUAUAACCCCCCCCGCCCCCCACCCCCUGUCUCACCGAGCCAGUCUCCCUACGGACACAAGCACAGGAACUCGCUGUUGAAAUUUUGCCUUUGAUUCAGGGGCAAAAAUUCCCUGUGUCACAAGAGCACCACUGAUAAGAGAAGUAGAGAGUGAGGGAGAGAGAUAGAGAGGGGGGGGGGGUCAUUCAGAAUGCUGGGUGGAACAACACUAAAGGAAACGGGGGCUUCUGGGAGAUGAAGCAGUUUCAGCAUAUCGACUCUUUCAUUCUUUAACCCCCCCCCCCCCACACACACACACACACACACACACACACCCCCCACCUCACUCGCUUUGAGUGUGGGCACCUGUCUCAAGCCUUCGACAGCAUUGCAUAGAGGUCUUCCCUUCAGCCGAAGAGCCUGCUUUUAAAUUUUUUUAAAAUUGCAACCCAGAGGCUUAUGGAUCUGGCUAGCACACAGGGCAGCUCUACGAGGGUAUUACCGUGGGAACAGUGGGCUACAGAGGUGAUCCGAUCUCGUGCACCCCACCGACGCCCCCAAACACACACACACACCAUGCGCGCACGUGCGCGCGCGCACACACCGAGAUGUAGAUGUGAGAUUAUAUGCUGUCCAGAACUGUGUUAGGAAUGAGGGGUGUAGACAUUGUACCAGACUUUCAUUGUUCCAGUAUUCAAAAUCUGAUGAGGCUACUUUUCUUACAGACCUGACGUUUUCAUAUAUUAUUUGUGUUUUUGUUUUUUGUUUUUUUUUUCCUCUGAAUUUUAUCAGACUGGGCAGCUUUCUUUUAUGACACAAGCUGACUCUUUUUGACUUUAGAAACUUAUUGUAGAGAAAAUGUUUUUUCUAUAAUAUAAAAAAGAAAAAUUCUGACAUUGAUAUUGGUACUGUCAUUUUUUUCACUUCUGUUUCAGGAAAAAAAAAACAAAAGGUAUUUUUUAGCUCGACUUGGGUAAUAUUAAUAAGAAAUUCAAAACUAAAAAAAAUUAAAACUCACUUUUAGUGAAUUUAAGAUGCCUUUAACCUCUCCAUUCCAUCUCAUCUCUAGAGUUUUUUCUAUCUUUGUGUAGUAUAUUAACGCUAUUUUAAAACAAAAGGAGAAAAAAAAAAACAAAUAUCUAAAGGUCACUUAGCGUUCUUUUUUUGUUUCGAUUUUUUUGUGUGUGUAUAGGACGGAUUCCUUGCGUCUGAGAGGCAUGUAAAAUGAGCUCAUAUUUCUGUCUGUUUAUAUCGCUUCCUCCUUUUGUAUCCUUUGUAAUUGUACAUGGUGAGUCGUAAGCUAAGAGAGAGAGAGAGAGCGCAAGACGGAGAGAGCGGAGCAAAAACCGAACCCCCCCCCCCACCCCCCCUCUCUCUGGUUUUUUGGUCCCUGUAUGUAUUUCCACUUAAUCGUUUUUUUCUUUCUUAGCAAGUACUUUCAAAAGAACUCUGUACAUUUUAACAUAAAACGAAAAUAAAUUAUGUUGAGCCAUUUCA